AUGGUGCUCAAAACAAUGGUGGUGGCGGCGCGGCGCUGUCUACCCGUUGGCGCGCUGCAACUCGCGCCUGCUCCGAUCCACCUCUUAUCUGUCAGUACCUCUCCACUGCAAUGCAAGCGUGAUUCGAAGCGUUCUUUCUCGUCGGAAUCUCCCGCGUAUCGCGUGCCAUCAAUCACCGUACCAUUGAGCGCCACCGUGUGGACUAAGACGGUGAACCCCGCUUUGCGCGCGUUCUUGAAGCUCCACAACCAUGUGAUGGUGCCGAUCUCCUUCGUCGUCCCAAUGGAUGACGACGAAUGGCCUGUAAAUACUCACGGCUACCCUCUGGGUAAACACGCGGAGUGGCUGCGUCGCCGCUGGAGAGGAAGACUGGAACCACCAAAGUUCGCCGCGCAAGACCUACAGGAGCUCGAUUUUGCCUUCGACCGCAGCCAAUACAUGUGGGACCACUUCGUUAAGCCUGCGCUGUGCCGUUAUUACGAGCUUUACGAUCAUACUGACGUGCCCCAGACGUUUCGCGUCCAGCACGGAGACGCUGCAUGGCCUGAGAGACUGUGGGGGUAUUAUCUCGGCCCGCGGGUCUUCAAUAUUCGCCACCGAGGAGACUUCAAGAUACAGAUCCAAAAGGACGUCCAAGAGAUGGCGGAGAUCAACUUCUGCUACGACUCAACUAUGUACGAUCGUGACUGGCGCGAACGUGUUUUACCGUCGCUGCAGGUCUUUCGUCAGGAAUUCGGACACUGUGAUGUGCACAGACUGUUUAAAGUGCCGGAUUGUCUGCCGUGGCCUAAAGCUGCUGCGGGAAUGCCACUCGGAGGCACUGUCAAUAACAUUCGGAGUAAGGGCUAUUUCGGAAAGACUUUGUAG